AAGGGUCCAGAAGAGAGAAGGCGACUUUGGAAAGGAAGAAGACGUAGAUAAGGCGCUAAGAGUGAAAUCCAAGGCUUGCUGAGAAGACGACAAUGAUGGCAAGAGCAUUGAGUUGUCGAAAUGAUAAGAAACCUCUACAGGAUGAAGAUUUUCUUCGUUCUUGUCCAGGAUGGGAGAUAAUGGGGAGGAGACGAGCCAAAUCCCAAUGGAUUGGGUACAAUCGGGUAAAGAAUUGGAGACGAGCCAAAUCCUUGAACCUCCCGGUUAUACGGUUCAGGCUUUGAGGGAAACACCGGUUACGCGUAGCGACACAAACCUAACGACUCAGUCGCGGGAAGCUGGAGACAUCAAAACUGGGGGAUUAGAAAUGGCAAUGAGUUGCACUAGAUUGAAAUACAUGAUCUCCAAGGAGGCAAUUGGAAUGGGGAGUUGCAGAACAUUUGCGGCUGGUGAUGCUCUAAAGGCUUCCACACUCAGCAAAGAGGUCAAGUCCACCACCGUGGUUGGUUCCAAUAUAGUUAAAGAUGGAACAGACUCUAAGAUCAUGCCAGAAUCUGAAUACCCUGAUUGGUUGUGGCACCUGCUUGAUAAGCAGCCGGCAUUGAGUGAACUAAGGAAGAAAAAUGUGGAAACUCUUCCAUAUGAAAAACUCGAGCGUUUUGUUAAGCUGGAUAACCGUGCCCGGAUCAAAGACAGUAACUCUGUCAGAGCCAAGAACUGAACUGAAAUCUUUAUUUUUCUUGCUUUCAGCAUCUCUGUGUUCAUCAUCUGUUUUACCCACGAGUCAAUUGAAAGUGUACUAAUUUUUUUGAUUCA